UUGAAUAGACAGUAUUUAAAAAGCAUCGAUCUUGAUUAUUUGUGGCAUGGAAGGAGACCGAGGCACACAUGAGAUCUUACAUGCUUAAACUAUAUUUCACUUGCUCGAGUUGUAGAACUUUCAUAUGGAGGAUACUUACGCUUGAACCACCUCAAACGGACUGGACCUCAUUUAUUACACAUCUAUGAACUCUUACUUAUUAUUAAGUGUUUGUAUGCUCUGUCAGAGUGAAAGUGUUCUUAUCUGGUGGUAUUGAUGCGUGUUGCUUCCUGUUUUUUGUGGCUGCAGCUAAAAAUAAGAGUACGUGAGAUGGAAAGACAGUUACCUUUGCGUUUCCUUUGUCUCUUUCUCUGCCUCUUUUAGUCGUUUUCGUUUGUAAAUACAGCAGAAAACAGCGUUAAAUCCGCGUUUAAAUCAACUCGUGUUUGCUCAAUGAGUCCGAACUUUGAUUAGUCUCCGUUAGCUAGCAGGCUAGUGCGCUAAGCUAGCUGGCCACCACAUAUUUUAACACGAUGUAAACAUACGGGUUUCUGCAUUCUGUAUUUUAUUUUGUUAUUUUUUUUGCUUUAAUUGCCAAAACUGCCUCAGGAGAACACAAAGCCUCUCUCAGUAACGGAGAACAUGGACAGCUCGGUGACCUUGUGGCAGUUCCUACUGGAGCUUCUGCUGGACUCCAACAAUGACCAGCUCAUCUGCUGGACCAAUGAGGAUGGAGAGUUCAAACUUCUGCAGGCGGAAGAGGUGGCCAGAUUGUGGGGCGCCCGCAAGAACAAACCCAGUAUGAACUACGACAAGCUCAGCCGGGCUCUGCGUUACUACUAUGACAAGAACAUCAUCAAAAAAGUAAAUGGCCAGAAGUUUGUGUAUCGUUUUGUGUCAUACCCUGAUAUCCUAAAGGGUGACCUUAUGGCUAGAACAGAGAGUGCAGACGGGAGUUCUUGUGGGCCUCUGCCCCUUACUGACGAACCUGCAAACAUCACCAGGGAUAAAGACAGCAAAGCAGCCCCGGAUCGGAUCAGUGGACUACCAGGCCAGUCCAAAGUAUCCAGUCGGAAUGACUACAUCCACUCCGGCCUGUACACAUCUUUCACUCUGAACUCUCUGCAGUCAGGAACGCAGCUCUUCAAAUCCAUCAAGAUCGAAAACCCAGGAGAGAAGCUCAUGGAGAAAAAAACAUUUCAGGAGUCGCCCCAGCCACACUCCGUCAUCAAAUUUGGGACCAUGAAUCAGAGCAGACAAACCAUACUGUCCACAUCAGAGAGGUCUGAACUUCCCGGUCACCCUGCUCAAGCCAAGCUGCACACUCCAGCAGAUCCCCAGACCAAACAGACAGGCAUCCCUCAAGUAGUGUGUGCAUUUGUGGAGAGUCCCUCCACAGAGAAUUCCAUGACCGACUUCCCACUCUCAGGAAUCUCCUCUUCACUUCUCCCUCAUUCUGAAUCACCAUCUUCUUCUCCGAUGACGGAUUCACAUGAGCUGGUGAUUGACAGUGAAAUUGAGUCCAUCUCCUCCCAGCCUUCAGAUUCACAGCUGCAGGUCCAGCCCUUCUUUGUUUUCAAGGACAAAGUACCAGCUUCUGAUAUGUCACAAUCUUUACCCAGCAGUCAUAGUGGGAAGUCUAAGAAACCCAAAGGCUUGGAGUUGAUGCCCGCUCUGGUGGUGACCAGCUCUGACCUGAGCCCUCUCAAUCUAUCCAGCCCCUCCCUCCCUAUGGCCUCUCUGACCCCAGCAUUCCUGCAGACGCCGCUGCUUCUCACCCCUAGUCCACUUCUAUCCAAUAUCCAUUUCUGGAGCACGCUCAGUCCAGUUGCACCCCUCAGCCCUGCCCGAAGACAAGGCACGCAUACACUCUUUCAGUUUCCUUCUGUCCUGAGUUCCUCCCAGUUCACUGUACCAGUGCAUACUUCAGACGGCACCAACACACCUGGCCCUCUCUCCCCCGACCCACAGAAGACAUAAAGGGGAAUAUUGAUUUGCACACUUCAUCUUUGC